AUGGCGGCGGCGCGGGCGCUGCAGCUGUCGCUGCUCCGGCUGCUGCUGCUCCCGCCACUGCUGCUGCCGGGCCCGGCGGGGGCCGUGUGGCCGCAGCCCCAGGCCCAGAGCUUCCCGCCCGGCGGCGGCCGCUGCCCGGUGCCGGCCCGCCGGUUCCGCUUCGCCGUGGCGGACGGCUCGGCCGUGGGGCCGGGCUGCGCCGUGCUGGACGCCGCCUUCCAGCGGUACUGGCCGCUGCUCUUCGGCCGUGCCACCGAGAAUGAGCCGUCCUGGGAAACACCCUGCGCCAGUCUUCUCGUCUAUGUUUCCACUCCAGGCUGUGAUGGAUUUCCCAGCCUGGACUCCAGCGAGAGCUAUAAGCUGUCUGUCUCCAAAGGCUCCAUGCUGCUCUCAGCAGAGACCAUCUGGGGAGCUCUCCGAGGCCUGGAAACAUUCAGCCAGCUUGUUGGGAGAGAUGAAAAUGGCAUGUACUACAUCAAUGAGACAGAAAUUGUGGACUUUCCCCGCUUCCCUCACCGGGGACUGUUGCUGGACACCUCUCGUCACUACCUGCCUCUGAAAGCUAUCCUGGAAACUCUGGACGUCAUGGCUUACAACAAGUUCAAUGUGUUUCACUGGCACAUUGUGGACGACCCAUCAUUCCCCUAUGAGAGUUCCACGUUCCCAGAGCUCAGCAAGCAGGGGGCCUUCAAUGCCAUGACCCACGUGUACACAGCCAGCGACGUGCGCAGCGUCAUCGAGUACGCGCGGCUGCGCGGCAUCCGAGUCAUCGCCGAGUUCGACACCCCCGGCCACACGCUCUCCUGGGGGCCAGGUGCUCCAGGCCUCCUGACUCCCUGCUAUGUGGGCCAGGGUCCUUCUGGAGUCUAUGGGCCCAUCAACCCCAUUGUUAACAGCACCUACCAGUUUGUGACCAGUUUGUUCCAAGAGAUCAGCGCUGUGUUCCCAGACUUCUAUCUCCACCUCGGUGGUGAUGAGGUGGAUUUCACGUGCUGGAAAUCCAAUCCAGAAAUCCGUGCUUUCAUGGUUCAGAUGGGCCUUGGUCAAGAUUACAAAAAAUUAGAGUCUUUCUACAUCCAGAGGCUUCUGGACAUCGUCUCUUCCCUUGGCAAAGGUUAUAUUGUGUGGCAGGAGGUGUUUGACAACGACGUGAAGCUGAGGCCUGACACCAUCAUCCACGUGUGGAAGGAGAAUGACCUGCAGUACCUGAACGAGAUUGCCAAUGUCACCAGGUCUGGCUACAGGGCUCUGCUCUCUGCUCCCUGGUACCUCAACCGCAUCUCCUACGGGCAGGACUGGAUAAAAGCAUAUAAGGUGGAGCCCUUGAUGUUUGAAGGCAGCCCUGAGCAGAAGGCCCUGGUGAUCGGUGGCGAGGCCUGCAUGUGGGGUGAAUAUGUGGAUGUCACCAACCUGACCCCCAGGCUCUGGCCAAGAGCUGGGGCCGUAGCUGAGAGACUCUGGAGCAAUGAGACUGUUGGGAACGUGCAGGACGCGUACGCCCGGCUGGCGGAGUUCCGCUGCACGCUGCUCGGGCGUGGUGUCCAGGCACAGCCUCUCUACGUUGGAUACUGUGAGCAUGAAUUUGGCGAGGUUUGAAGGAGAGCCCCACUGCCCUGUCUCUGUGCAUGCAGGAGGAAUGUUCCCCCCUCAGAAGGACAGGGGGACCCCUUCCCACCCCACCCUCUGCUCUGGCUUCAUUACAAUGAACAGUUCUUUUGCCUCGGCAUGCACUUUUUACCUCUUUUUCUAUUUUUAUUUCUUUAAAUCUAUAAAUAAAUGACCCCAAAGAGGAAAAA